CGGUUUGCCUGGACUCUGGAGGAAGGAGCACGCAGAGCUCUGCUCAGCUGUCCAGAGCGAGCACUUCCAAGAAGCAAAAGGAGGACUACGACAGUUCCCUGAAGGAACGCCACAGCAACGGACUCCUUCUUUGACGAAGACUCCGCUAGCUUUUGAUUGCCCGCAGACUUUUAUGGCGAGCUGCGUGUGUCUUGAUUACUCAUUCUUUCUAAAGAAGAUCAAGUUGACCUGACAGGAGAAGCCGCAGAUGACCAGCUCAAUGACCACUCUGUUCGCACAGAGCUGACCUAUUCAAAAACCUUAUCAACAGAGCUGCAAUGGGGUCCGAAAAAGCAAGUGCCGCCGAUGGCCGUAUCAUGAAUGUGAAUGUGGGAAUUCUAGGACACAUCGACAGCGGAAAGACCAGCCUUGCUCGCGCCCUGAGUACACUCCUCUCCACUGCUGCCCUCGACAAACACCCCCAGAGUCUGGAGCGGGGGAUCACCCUCGACCUGGGCUUCUCAGCUUUUCAGGUUGAUCUGCCAGAACAUCUUGCAAGCCUACCCUUCGACAAGCUGCAGUUCACUUUGGUUGACUGCCCCGGCCAUGCAUCGCUUAUCAAGACCAUCAUAGGAGGUGCCCAGAUCAUUGACGUCAUGCUGCUCGUCAUUGACGUCACAAAGGGCAUCCAGACGCAAACCGCUGAGUGUUUGAUUGUUGGCGAAGUUUCCCCCUGCCACGACAUGGUUGUCGUCCUCAACAAAGUUGAUCUUCUUCCCGACGAGUCCCGGGACGCCAAGAUUGAGAAGAUGAAGAACGGCUUGCGAAAGACGUUCGCGGCGACCAAGUUUCGGGACUGCGCGAUGGUUGCCACGUCAGCAAGCCCGGGGGGGCCGGACGGUAGGGACCAGCAACGACAGUCGUCCGGAGUCGACGAACUCGUAAACGUUCUCCGCUCACGCGUGCGCCCAAUGCACCGCUCGAGCGAGGGCUCAUUUCUGUUCGCGGUCGACCACUGCUUUCCGAUCCGGGGUCAAGGGACGGUGCUGACCGGAACGGUGCUAAGGGGACACGUGGCGGUCAACCAGAGCAUCGAGCUGCCCGAGUUGAAAGUACAGAAAAAGGUGAAGUCGAUGCAGAUGUUUCACCGGCCAGUCCAGCGGGCGAUUCAGGGCGACCGCGUCGGGCUGUGUGUGACUCAAUUGGACGCCAAGACCAUCGAGCGGGGCCUCGCAGCAGAACCAGGAACAGUUCCCACAAUUUUCGGUGCACUCGCGCGCGUCCACAAGAUUCGGUACUUCAAGGGGCGGAUACCAUCAAAGGCCAAAUUUCACGUGACCGCGGGCCAUUCAACCGUGAUGGCCGAAACUCGUUUCUUCUCCUCGGAAACGGGACAAAGGGGUUCGGACGAGAGAAAGCUUGAAUCCGCGAACGAAGGGGCGUUUGACUUUGAGCGGGACUAUUGGUAUCAAGAGGAACUUUUAGACGAGGAGGCGACCGUGUCUGGCCGGGGCGAUGAAUCCACGCCCGCAAAACCCGGUGCCCAGUGGGUUUUCUUAACCUUUGAGACCCCGAUCACGUGCCCCCUCGGCGCGCUCUUGAUUGGCUCACGGCUCGACACGGAUAUUCACACCAACACGUGCCGGCUGGCGUUCCACGGGCGGCUGCUGCAGGCUAUGGACCCCAGGGAUAAGGACGCUUUGCAGAGCCUCGAGGUGUUCAAGACGAAACGGCGAGAAAGGAAACUCCGGGUCUUCAAAACGAAGCGGCGCGAAGGGGUGAUCGAGCGGUAUGUGGACGGGAACAGCGCCGUGGGUAGGGGCCUCUUCAAGAAGGAAACGGACAUCUCCCAGUUUGUGGGCCUGCGAGUUACAACCGAAGCGGGCGAAGAAGGGACCAUUCAGUCAUCAUUUGGCAAGUCCGGAAAGUUCAAGCUCCAUUUUCCUGGCGGGGUGCAACAGGCGAGCGGCCAAGCCAGCAAGGUAACCCUAGAAUUUAAACGCUUCAUAUAUGAUCGAUCGAAGAGGAUGAUACAACUUUAG